GAAUUUAGACUAAUCAUUAUCGUAAUCAUUGGUAUGUUGGAUAAAAUAUUUAAGACAUUUUUAAGUCAAUAUUUUGCGCACGAUACUACUCCUGUUCAGUGGGAGGCAGUAUUUCUGUGGCUUUGAUAGUCAAGAGUACAGUACGGAAAAGAUAAUAAUCAAACGGCACAGCAGCUCACGGAUUUGACAUCUGCACUUCGCUAGUUUUAAGUGCAACUUUAGUGAUCAAGUUUAGGGAUAACCGUUCUUGCUAAAUGUUUGUGUUUUGUUUGUCAACAUUACGUUUGCGAAAGACACUCAAAAGCCCAGACUUUACGCAUAUUGUAGAUAGGCUAUACGAACUCAAAUUAUAGUCAGAGGCGAUCCUCACACAUCUGAAAAAAUCCACUUCAAAGGAAGUAUAAAUAAAGACAAAUAAAUCCUUCUGCAACUUACAUGUUUAUCCAUAACAAUGUGUUCAAUUGUGUGCAAUACCGAUGUUGAACAGAGGUCAUCUCAAGCCGUUGUUGUUGCAGUGUCAUCCCAAGCUGUCUUUGACUCAGAGACGGAACCAGACCCAGGUUUACCAGACCUUUUGAAAAAAGGGCCAGCGUUCUCGUUCAUCGAGGCAGUGCAGCAAGUGAACAAAAAACUGUUGGACAAAAAUCCAGCGGAAACUUUGCUGUUUGAUGUGAUCCUGCUAUCUAAUGACAGCAAGGACACCAACUCAAAGAUCAUUGCCAGUGUCAAGCAUUAUGGUCUUGCUAUCGGCAGGUUUUGCUUUUGUAACAAGGAUGACAACAUAGAGAGUUUACAAUCAAGUGACGCAAAGCUGUUCUUGUCAACGGACAGAAAUGAUGUCUUCUCGGCUUCACAACAAGGUAUCCCCUCUGCACUUCUGUUCCCUCAGCAGGACUGGGAGCAGCAGGACUGGAAGGAGCUCAAAGUCGUGUUCUCAGGCGACGCCAUCGGCUUCUCCCAGGACGACCUGUCCAGCCUGAGAGGGCAGGGCUUCACUGAGCCCCAGCUGCAGUCUCUCAAAGCUGCCAAGGACUCGGUGAAGGAGUUUGCCGUGCAGAUGGGUGAGAUGAGGAGCAGGUUUGGGCUGGUGGGCAGCCCCCUGCGGGCUGGCCUGGUGACGGUGUGGGGCUCCAGAGACGUGUGUGCCCGGGCCCUGCGGACCCUGCGGGGCUGGGGCGUGCUGGUGGACGAGGCUUUCUCCCUGGCUGGAGCUCCACCCAGCCCCAUCCUGCGCCUGCUGCAGCCUCACGUCCUCUGUGUGGACGGCCUGUUCCUCGCACCAGGGGGCGCCACGCUGGGGGAGGGAGGCUGGAGAGAUGGAGUCAUGUGACAGCAUGACGCAGUGAUAGAGUGAUAGAUUGAUGGAGUGAUAGAUUGAUGGACUGAGAGCAUGAUGGUGUGAGUUUAUACAGGACUUUCUUAAAGGAUUUAUGGAAAUAAAAUUCAGUGUUGAAUUUGGUAUAAAGUUCCCAUACUGUAGUGAUUAAAAGGCAGUUCCACUGUAGAAGGUGCUGGCGCAGUGUUUCCACACUGACCAGGGGAGGGGAGCAUUGGAUCACGAUGCAGAGUCCACUCAGAACUAUGGUAUUCUCAUGCUUAUCAACCACUCACUGACCCAACAUUACAUGUCAUGAUGAAAGGACCGUUAUAGGGGCUGAAACUUUGCCAAACAUAACGUUUUUUUAUUUGUAUUUUGUCAACUUAUUGUUUCUAAAGUAUAGUCACAUAUCCCAAUAAUUACUAAAAAAAAUUUACAAAUACCAACAAUCACACAUGCUCUGAAAUGAUUUAUCAAUAGAGCAUUUCAAUGAUCUUUAAAAAUAAAACACCUCAUAAUCUCUUUUAGAUUGUGAAUCUCCUCAAAACAUGAGACUUCCUGUUUUUCUGGCCUCGCUGUAUCCUCCAUGUUGUCUCCAUGGUCGGAUCUGAUGGGUGGAACGUAACUUGUGCAGCAUGUGUUAUGAUUACGCUGUUGCUAUGGGGAAAUGUUAGUUUCCUCUGCAGAUCCUGUCUGCACACUGCACUGUGGCCUCAGCCACAAACUACUGGGAGGGAAAUAUACACAUUCUGCUAAAUAAAAAUUCUGUUGUUAGACUCGUAAAUGCUUAGCUUUUAUUAAGAAAUAGGAUCAAAGUUAGGUUAGGUGUUGUAGAUCUAGCAUUAGGGAGGCUGAACCACUCACAAAGAUUUUAUGAUUAUUGUGCAUGGAUUAUUUGAUUAAAGUACAACGUGCA